AUGGUUCUCGGAAAGUGCGGUGCUUUGGUUGUCCUUACUCCAGGGAACAGAUAUCCCUAUUUCCUCACAACAUCACAGAAUACAGAAAUCGGACAUAAAGAGACGGGGAUCCUUGGAGGAGUCAUAGAGACGGUUGCCGUCUGUAUCUUCGCAUCCGAAAUCUCUCUCGUUCUUCCGGAACCAAUUUUUCUCUUCCUUCCAUCCGCUGUCUUCACUAUACCGCUCAUUGUCAAGGCUGCACACAAUAUGAAGAUGACGACAUCCACAAAGUCCAGCAGCAAGAAGUUCGUGCGCAUCCUCACCCAGUGCCUGCACGUGACCCUAUGCACAUACACUUUCUGGGCCCCUGCCCUCAUCUCUGCCUUCAUCUACCUGUGGUCUCCUUUCAACAUGCAUCUCCGACACUGCGUGGCCCUACCCAUAAUUCUCCUCGUGCUCUCGACCGCCUGGACCCCCCGCGUGCAGGAGAUUAUCGUCUGCUCGUCGGGGCAGCGUAACUGGAAGGCGACGUUAGCCUACAACUGCCUCAAGAUUGUGUCAAUACCCAUAACCCUCACAGGCCUGAUGGCGUUCAACUUGAAAGCAUUCCGCGAAGACAUGUACCAGUUCCUGAGCGUAGGAUUUGCAAACACAACAGAUUACAGAAUCUGGCUGCCGAUGUUAGUGACUGUUAUAACAGGGAUGUCUGCCCUGGCCAUCAUGAACGUCGCAUCUAAAGUAUCCCUCACGACACCGGGUGUCUGGCUACCGUCCCUCCUUGCUCCUCUUCUCACUUACGGAGCAGCCACCAUUUUGUGGGGGGAUGUUUCAACUGAGGCUAUAUGGGAAUUGUCUGGCAUGGACCUUGCUACAUGGUCUGCGACAGUUUUAGCCUUCCUUGUCUGGAUUGUUCCAUACAUAAUCCCAGCUCUGAACAUCAUUGAAUCACCGACAGACCUUCUCCGACCUUUCUCAGAAAACUUUUUCGGAUUUACCUGGAAUGCAAUGUUCUUGGAACAAUCUCUCAUACUUAACUACAGCCACAAAGGGAUUGGUUCAAGAGACAGAUUUACCCAAACCACAGUCAAACAAGGCAAACAUAAAACAGUUUUCGUCUGUACGACAAUGUUCCGGGAAACGAGAACCGAAAUGAAACGUUAUCUCAACAGUUUAAAGAAGAUGGUGUCCACCAACGUCCUGAACGACGUUUCGGUGGAGGCACACGUGUUCCUUGACAACGCCAUCGAGAAAGGCCAAUACAACUCCUUCGCUUGUCAGUUGCUGAGCCUGCUCAUAGAGGUGUUCCAUCUGUCCUAUCCAGACUUGAACUGCUACAAGACGCCUUAUGGAUUCCAGUUCCACUGCAUCUACGACCAGAACUUCCCCGUCUACGUCCACAUCAAGAACGGGGAGCUGUUCAAGGUCAAGAAACGAUGGAGUCAGGUCAUGUAUAUGAAUUACAUCCUCAAAUACCGAUGUGGUUUCAACUCCAGCAGCCCACCAGGUCCUAAGGACAUUGACCUGACUUCAAGUGGAAAUUUCGACACUUUCGCCACAGGAUUGAAAUACAGUGGACAGGAAGACUACCGUGCGAACUUAUACAAAUAUCUCAAAGAGAAAGAAAGCUCUCACAGACAUCCAUCCAGUAGCACUGACUUCGACGACAGUGGAAGCGACACAUCAACGGAGGCGUCAGAGGCUUAUACGGUAUCAAGGGAGAGCACUGCGUCCUGCUUCACCAGCGAGGGGACUGAUAGUGAUGAUUCGGAUUUGUUCUCUUACAAAAAACUGCCGCCCAAAACCCACCCCAAGGUGCCAUGUACGAAGGACAUCGGAAAUGAGAUGGUCAAGAACGUGCUGAAGGCGGAACUGGCCAGACGAGCUGAUAAACAAGAUGGCGGACAUCGGGUGUAUCUCCCGCCAGACUUGUUCUACUUCCAACCAGGACGUGGACAGCAAGGGAGAUGGCGUAGCAAUGGCCUCGUAGCUGAGGAGGGUUCUCACGAGACUUCUCUCUUCACCAUCGCCGGCAACCAGGGCCUCAGUAAACAGGACGACGUGUACGUGUUGGCCACGGACGCAGACACCCAGUUCAAGGCUAAGAGUGUGCGGGCACUGCUCGACCUCUGUGACAGGGACCAGUCGCUUGGGGCUGCCUGUGGGCGUACUGUACCCACCGGGGGUUUUAAUCCUGUUGUUUGGUACCAAAAGUUUGAAUACGCCAAAGAUUUCUGGCUGGUGAAGGCCUCCCAGAAUAUAAUCGGUUCCGUCACGUGCUGUCCCGGAUGUUUCAGUCUGUAUCGAGGCCAGGCAUUGGCUGACGUUAUGAGCACGUUCUCCGAGCCCAGCUGCUCGGCCUUCGACGCUCUCGUCAAGGACCAUGGUGAGGACCGAUGGCUGUGUACACUCAUGAUGAUGAGGGGAUGGAAACUCGAGUACAUCGACAACUGCAGGAACUCUACCCACUGCCCCGAGUCCUUUACAGAAUUCCUUCGCCAACGUCGACGAUGGGUGCUCUCGGAGCUCUCGAACAUGGUUCUCAUCUUCCAGUCCCUGUCUGAUCUUGUACGCCGGAACGCAGCCUUCUCCGCCAUCUUCAUCCUGUCACUCUUGCAGAUGUUCCUGUGGGUCCUUCUUUCCCCGGCGACAACCCUCAUCGUCCUGUGCGUCGCCAGUGAGAUCAUCUUCGGACUCCCUCUCAUCUGGUCCGCGCCCUUUGCGUUCCUGUUCAUCAUCUUCUACACUGUCGUCUGCUGUGCCUGCAGCAAGCGGAUGCAGAACAUCGUGACCUUGACCUUCCUCCUGUCUGUUGCGACCUUCAUGAUAGCUAUAAGUGCAGGUUUUAUUGCUUAUAUGGUUAUCAACAUCCAAGAAGAUAUGGCGAGAGGUCAUGUCGAGUUUCGUCCCUACUUCCUCGUGCCGCUCCUCAUCGGCGGGACAAUCUACGCUGCCCUCAUCCAUCCCGGGGAGUGGCUCAACCUUGUGUACGGCAUCGUGUACGCCUUCAUCUUCCCCGCCAUGUUCAUCAUCCUCCCCAUCUAUGCCGUGUCCAACAUGGUCGACCAGUCAUGGGGGACUCGAGAAGAGUCGACCGCUGGGGAGUACUGCUGUGAUAAGAAACAGGAAAAACCAACAAGAGAGGAAGAAACCUGCCAACCAUUCACCAUGAAGGCCAGCGACGUGCUGCCCCUCACGUCAGAACCAGAGAGACGCUUCUGGGAAAAGCUCCGGAAGUCCCUCCUCGGCAAGAACGUGAAUUGUGGGAAGGAUGAGGAGUCUCUGAGGCAUAAUCUCAAGCAGUUGCGAGACAAGUGCGUGGUCACCAUGGUGAUCAUGAACACCGUAUGGUAUUCAUUCCUGACGUCAGUGUACCUGUUGGCGAACAGUGACGCCAUCUGCUAUGUGGUGGCUGGGGUCUUCAGCUUCUCAUUAGUUGUCCAGCUACUGGGGCUCACCUCCUACAAAAUAGACAAUUCCCUUCGACGACACAUACUCAGGCGAGCUAGCCCGUCUCAUCCGCUCUGGGUCAAGGACAGGCAUUAAUCAUGUGGUAUGACGUCAUAAUGAUGUGCAAUAUGAAUAUUUCUAAUCGUAACCUGCCCUCAUGACAGCAGCUUGACAUAUGUAUUGUACAGUAUUACAUACAGUAUUUAUUUUACAAUAUUUAUUGUAUAGUAUUUCAAUCACUACCACUGUCAAAGGUGUAUGUAGUAUUGUGUGUCCAUGUUGGGUACUCUUGUCGAGUCGCGACGGAGUCUUUGUUACAUGUUUUGAUGUCGUCAUUGCUUGGUAACAUGACGUCACAUGGGCAGUAUAAUUUAUCAUUUACGUCAUCAUGUUUUAAGUGAAAUGACGUCACAAAGACAUUAUAGAUCGCCCUUUCCCUGACACGUAAUGUUGUUAUCCAUGCUCUCAUAUUAGUCUCAUAUUUCGUAAAGAUGACCACUCAUAAGUAAUGACAAUUAUGACCUGCUGUCACGAAAACAGUUUUUCUACGCAUGCGCCCUCUGUCGGGGAUGAGGAAAUAAUGUGGAAAUAAGCAGUAUUUAUUGUUCUUGCAGGUAUUUAAAAAAUGCGCAAGUUCAGGCUGUCAUAUCUUUCCACUCACUAUUUACGUUAUGUAUGUACAACUUAUGUAGAUGAUAUUUAUUAUUUAUUUUGUCAUUUGUGAAAUUCAUAGUGUAUUUUAUGAGUGUGCACCCUGUGAUGUGUUGUACGCCUAUUGCUGAUGAUACGUCAGGCUCUUGUGGUAUUUUUUCAGUUUCUGUGGUGCUGUUGUAGACUACAUUUAUAUUUAUAACACAGUCCACUACAAUACACAACAUUCGCUCAAUUAUACACGCUUCAGUUCUUUGAAUUAGUCAUAUAUCACUCCGUGCAAAGUAAUUUGCAUAUGGGUUAAACAUAGAAACAAUAUACUUGAUGGUCGGUGUUCUUGCGUGAACAUCAUACCCUCAAUAUAUGCACUGACUGCAAAAACGUCUCAAAUGAUAUCAAUAUCAUAUGUCAUACAGAUGAGAUUGCGUAUACUCUCUAGCUCCCAGACGAAACAAAUACCAUAUCUUCCCCGUGUGUCAAAACAUAUGUACCAAAUAUCUUCCCACGCCUCAGACGAUAAACAAUAAUAUAAUCCCGGUCUCUUAGAUGUUAAUCAACUUUCUUCUCAGACAAUGCAGGAUACAACCGUCUUCCUACCAUUUGGAGGUUACAUAUAUUUACCUGACCUUUCAGAGAAUUGUUAUUUCGUCCUACCUCUCUUCCCACAUCUCUUUUUUUAGAUAAUACAUACCAUAUCUAACUAACAUCUCAGAUUGUACAUUAUAUAACACACACACACACACACACACACACACACACACACACACACACACACACACACACACACACAUCGAAUAAUAAUGUCCCCAUCACUAAAAUGAUAUAUAUCAUAUCUCCCCACCUAUAACAGCGACCGAGACUGAAUUGUCGCUAGAAUUAUGAAUUUGUGUUUCAAUUAUGUGUUUCAAGCACACCACUGCAAAUA